UGCGUUGUGUUUCACUUAUCAUCCAUGAAAUUAUUUUAGAGUGUUCGAAACCAUGAUACAAAUUCUUGCUGUGUGUAAAAAAUGAAUGCUUGCUCUUGCAGGAACAAAUGAUAGAGUUCUACGUCGACGAGGAGCAUAUCGACAAAGUUUAUGCCAAAGUUAAAGUAGGACACUUGUAUCGGGAUGAUGACAUUGUUGAUGUCCCUGCAAAGAGAAAGGGCAGAAUAGUUCCAAGGGAGUUGCAGCUGAUCAUGAAGUCCGACCAACUUAUCUCCCACAUUGAGGAGGACGAAGACAAUCCAGAACAUCCAAUUGGCUCAUACCUUGGAGCUUAUUUUUCAAUGGUGCCAAUGCAGAGAGAUACCUAUGCCUGCCAUGCAGGUAACAUUUCAUGAUUCUCUUUUACACAAAUAGGCUGUGUCAGAUGGGCUCACGGUUCCAGAAACCGUUAGAGAUAUCCUUAAGCAAUUCAUCAUGAUCAUACAAGAUGUGAGGUAAGAGAAAAUUUAUGAAACAACUCGACCUAUCUAAUCAUAUACAAGUAAUCUUAUUUGUCCAUUAAAUCAGUGGUGCCAAGGCUGUUGUUCGUUACCGCGGCUAUGACAUCAACAACUACUUAAAGCAAGCACCAACAGUUGAGUCACACCUACCUCUAAUCACCACAAUAACCAAUGUUAUGAGAU